AUGCGCCAAGAUAUCUUGCGCUGCCGAUUCACUGCGCAAGUAUCUGGUUUUCUCCCCGCAAACAAGUUCAACUGCUUAGAAGAAAGGUUGCCUGCAGACACAAUAACAGGAAGUGCCUACGCAGAAAAGAUUGACGAGGCCAGUAACAAGCCUCCCUGCGUGCGCCCAUUCCCACAACGCCAUCUGCCGGCAUGUGUCCGUGGAAGGGAUGUUGCCAGCCUCAUCGCGCGAGGGCGUAUUUCAAAGGUAGACCGAUUGUAUGUCCGAUACGCGGUACAUAAGUCAAGAGAAAUGAAGUUUGUCAGGAUUGAGUGUGACGAUUUGGCGGAACUCUGGGCUUGA